UCUCUCUGUCUCUCUCUCUCUGUCUCUCUCUCUCUCUCUCUGUCUCUCUCGCCCUCUCCCCCUGCCCCCCUCCCUCUGUAAGUGCACUGUCUGUACUCUCCACUAACGCACGCCUCGCUCAGCAAACCACAACUUGGAUCAAACUCCCAGACCUGUAAAAAUCUCCCGCUCUUCCGCGCGGGGUCGCCGUUCCUCCUAUUUAUGCUCCGGACUCAGAACGAGGAGUUCUCGGGUUUCCAACCAGGACUCAGGGAGUCCAGGUCGGAUUGGCUGCAGUAGAAAGAGGGGCAGGGGCUCCACCAAAUCACAAAUCUAAGAUUUUCAUCGUUUUUAGUCUCCUCCCUCGAAUCCUGGCAACAGGCGUGCAUUGUUGUUCUUAGAGGAAACCGGCCCGGGGUUGCUAUGGAGACAGGACGCUGCACCUUGCUGAGCAACUACCGCCCAGAACUCGCUUAGGAAGCAGCGGCAAAGCGACUGUCCUGCGUUGUCUCCUUCCAUAUUUGCACGCCCCCUUUAUCCAGACCUUUUUUUUUUCUCUUGACACCUUCCAUGGAAGAUUUGACCUCCCUGAAGCAAGAACAAGAAAACCAAGAACCAGGAAAAGCAGGGCCGCCAUGGGAAGGAAAGACAGCAGCUUCUCCUCAGUCUCCUGAGCCAGAGUCCUCUGAGCCCUUGGAGGAGGAGCUGGGACCAGAUAUUGGACCCCAGCCCAGAAGCAGGCCUCCUUGGAGCCCCCAGUCUAAAGUCAUCACGUCUCUGGGUGACCCCAAAGAACCAGGAGCGUCAUCUUCCCCAGCCUCUCUACAGGAGCCCUCUCCCACUCCUUCUCCCCUGGCUCUAUCCAGAGAGGACCUUGUCGCAGCACUGCGGUCAGACAGGACAGCUAGUGUGACUCUGGAAGCUGGGACGCUUCAUUCUGAUCCUUUGGAACAAUCGCCUGACAAAAGAGAAUCCACUCCUCAUCACACAGGCCAGCCCGAGGCAAACACCUUUCAACAGUCUCAGCAACCCAAAUCUCACGUGUGUGGAUCAACGGAUGUGAGCUAUAGCAACUCUAAACAAAAAGAGCUGAGAUUUCACACUUUUCAGGAGGAAGACUCAAACAGUGAACAUGAGCUAGACCAGCUCCGGCCUGGGGCCUCUGAGGCGGUGCCCAGUGUGCUUGACACAGCCAUUCAGAAUGCCAAGGCUUACCUGCUGAAGACCAGUAGCAAGUCGGGCUUGAAUCUAUAUGAUCAUCUUUCUAGUAUGCUGACUAAGAUACUAGAUGAGCGUCCUGAAAAUGCUGUUGACAUCAUUGAAAAUAUUAGUCAAGAUGUGAAGAUGGCACAUUUUAGUAAAAAAUUAGAUACACUCCAAAAUGAGAAGGAGAUGCUUCCAACCUAUGAAAUAGCAGAGAAGCAAAAGGCUCUUUUUCUUCAGGGACAUUUGGAAGGAGUUGACCAAGAACUGGAAGAUGAAAUAGCAGAAAACUCUCUUCCAAAUGUAAUGGAGUCUGCUUUUUAUUUUGAACAAGCUGGAAUUGGUUUGGGCACAGAUGAGACUUACCGCAUAUUUCUUGCCCUCAAGCAGCUUACUGACACCCACCCAAUCCAAAGAUGCCGCUUCUGGGGCAAGAUCUUGGGUCUGGAAAAGAAUUAUAUUGUAGCUGAAGUGGAAUUUCGUGAGGGGGAAGAUGAAGAGGAGGUUGAAGAGGAAGAUGUAGCUGAGGAGAGGGACAAUGGAGAAAGUGAAGCUGAUGAAGAUGAGGAAGAUGAACUACCAAAGUCCUUUUACAAGGCCCCACAGGCUAUACCAAAAGAAGAAAGUAGGACAGGUGCCAACAAAUAUGUCUAUUUUGUUUGCAAUGAACCAGGAACAUCAUGGGUGAAGUUACCGUCAGUUACACCUGCACAAAUUGUUAUUGCAAGAAAAAUCAAGAAAUUUUUCACUGGGCAAUUGGAUGCUCCCAUCAUAAGCUACCCACCAUUCCCAGGAAAUGAGAGCAAUUACUUACGAGCACAAAUUGCCCGAAUUUCAGCAGGAACCCACAUCAGUCCUCUAGGAUUCUAUCAGUUUGGUGAAGAGGAAGGAGAGGAAGAGGAAGAGGUAGAAGGUGGACGAGAUAGCUUUGAGGAAAACACAGAUUUUGAAGGCAUCCAAGUGAUUGAUCUAGUUGAAUCCUUAUCCAAUUGGGUUCAUCAUGUACAGCAUAUUCUCCCUCAGGGUCGCUGUAAUUGGUUCAACCCUAUACAAAAAAAUGAAGAGGAAGAAGAGGAAGAAGAUGAAGAAAAAGAGGAAGAAAAAGGAGAAGAACCUGAGUUUAUAGAACCAGAAGUGGGGCCUCCUCUUUUGACACCAAUCUCUGAAGAUUUAGAAAUUCAAAAUAUACCCCCUUGGACAACACGAUUAUCCUCAAAUCUUGUUCCACAAUAUGCUAUUGCAGUCCUUCGAUCCAACCGUUGGCCUGGAGCAUAUGCCUUUUCCAAUGGCAAUGUCAGAAGCUCAGCUGAGCUGGAGAGAGAGCUGAGUUGCCAGAGCAGCCAUUAAAGCAACAAGCCAAAAAUGAGAGUUAAGUCUUUAAUCAUUUGCUGUAAUAGUAUAAGAAAAAGCAUUGACUUCCCCAUCUCAUUUUCCCCCAUGGAAUGGCCCACUGGUGGAGAGUUGGGUGGGUCACCACAGAUGCAGAUAUCAUAGAUAUGGAGUCAUGGGGGUCAUCUCAUUGACAAGGGAGUCCCCAAACAAAAGGCUUCUCCAGUUUUCUGGACCCGGAGGCUAGGAGGAGGGUGUGAGGGCUAGAAAUAGAAAAUUACUGAGUACAGAGAGUGGGGAAAAUAAAUGCCAGAAGGCCUCUCCUAAAGAGACCUAGAAAUGAGGGCACCUGGGCUAGGAAUACAAAUAUAUGAAGAGCACGGCCAGCCAGAGGGGCCAGCGUCCUUGACAGCAGUUUCCCUUAGAGACAGCAAUGCAUUGGCAGUGCACCAAGUCUGGUGGGGAAGGGCAUCUUUCCCUGGGUGAGGCCUGCCAGGUAAGGUCUUUGAAGUUGCCUAUGGUUGUGCCUGAAAAAUAACACAUAGGUUUUAAACCACAAGUCCAACUCCUCACCCAGCCAAGAAUUUGCUGGGUUAGCAAUUUCUUAAAAUCUAACUUUAUGAAAGAUAGUAACUUCUGUUUUCCUGAAAAUAACUGAAUAAAAAAAGGCCUUUACUUGUGGUCUAGUUGUAGGAUAGCUUUUGACAGUGUCUGGCCCAGUGGUUUUCUUAACCAGCUUAAGUGGUUCAGAUCAAAAUAAUUCUUAGGUAGAACCAUUGGGAAAUAUUUCACAGUUAGCAUUUAAAAUUUUUUUAAUGGGACGAUAAUAUUCUAAGCACUUUAUUACAGAAGAGUCAACUUUUCUAACUGAGAAAUUAUAUGAU